UACAAUAUUUCAAAACGAAAAAAACAACCAAACAGAUAACUGCACUUUUGCCUAGAUGGUUUUAUAUUGUAGGAAAUAGAACAACAGGACUCAACUCUUUAAUAAUAUCGAAACCAAUCCGAAUCGACAUUUUAUCUUCAAAAUAUUUACAGGAUGGAAAACAUUGAUACAAUGGAAUACAACACAAAUGAUAUUGAUACCAAUUCACUAUCGGCUUCAUCAGAGAUGGAGGAUACUCCUAGAAUAGAGAAGGAAGAAGAGGAAGAUGUGCAAAAUGCAUCAACACCAUCAUCACCUGCCUCUCCGACCGACACACGUUCUGAAUCACCAUCAACGGGCAGGGAAUCCUCCUCAAAUCCUCCAAUUAUUGUAGAUUUAACUAAUUGUAAAUAUAAUGUAGUCAGAGAUGCUUGUUUGGCAAGUGGUUGGAAAAUCAGAAAACCAACCAGUAAUGCAAAGGAUUUCACUGUCUUUUGGAUGGAUCAAUCCAGUGCUCCAGACAGAGUCAUGAAAUUGAGAACCUUUCAAAAAAUCAAUCACUUUCCAGCUAUGGGAGGUAUUUGCAGAAAGAUUCCACUCGCAAGAAAUAUGAAAAGACUAAAGAAAUCAUUCCCUGAUGAAUUUUCAUUUCUUCCAUCAUCUUGGGUUCUCCCUCAAGAAUAUUGCAAAUUCAAGUCCAGUAAGAAAAUUAUUGGAAAGACCUAUAUUAUCAAACCAACAGCCGGAUGUCAAGGUAAAGGCAUUGUAAUUACUCAAGAUCCAACAGAUGCUGAAAGAUAUGGUGAUUGUGUAGUUCAGUUAUAUGUUGAUAGACCUUUCCUGAUUGAUGGAUACAAGUUCGAUUUGAGAGUAUAUGCCCUCGUGCUGUGCAUUGAUCCACUUAAAAUUUUCAUGUAUCAAGAUGGUCUCGUUAGAAUUUGUACAGAAAAGUAUAAGGCCCCAACCCAAACCAAUAUCAAAACAGAAUGUAUGCACUUGACCAAUUACAGUGUCAAUAAGAAGAGUGACGGAUUUGAAUAUGAUCCAAAUAACUUUUCGGUGGGAAGUAAGAGAAAUUUUGCAUUCUUAAAUGAUUACCUCGAAGGAAAGGGAUACUCACCAGAAAAAGUUUGGGGUGAUGUUGGAGAUAUUAUCAACAAGACUGUUCUCUCAAUCUAUCCUCAAUUGGUCAGUCAGUACAAAACUUCACUCUCCCAAAAACAUGGUGACUUUGUUUGUUUUGAAAUUUUGGGCUUUGAUGUCUUGUUAGAUGAAAAGAUGAAUCCAUGGUUAUUGGAAGUGAAUCAUUCACCAUCUUUCAACACUGAUACUCCUCUUGAUAGACAUGUCAAGUUUAACCUUUUAACUGAAACAAUGAAAAUGCUUGCCAUUGAUCCUAAUGACAGAAUUGUUGGGAUGAAACUUGAAAAGGCUCUUUCAAAGGAAAGAAUCACAGGAAAUGCUAAUGAAGAAGUUGAUCAAAUCCUCAAAUCCAUGGCAAGUAGAGAAGAGCUAGUAGAUUUCCACACAAAAAAAGAAGAUGACAUUAUGUCACAAGGAAAGUACAAGAGAAUCUAUCCAAGCAGUGAUAACAAGAUGGAAAAAUACUCCAAGUUUAUUGAAAAGGCUACAGCAGAGUUUAUGGCUGCACAAUCUCAUUUUAAUACUGCCUCAUCGUCGGCUAAGCAAGUCUCGUUUGGAACCUCGAAAACUCCUACCCUUAGAUCAAAAUCACCAACUUGUGUUGCUGGCCAAGAGAGGAUAAAAACUACAAAUGACACUGAAAGAAGAUCCAAGUCAGUGACAAGUACUAGAGCUGGAUCAGCUCCAAAAACAGGAGAACGAGUAAUUACCAAGGCAAAAUCUGCUGCCAAGAUUAUGCUUCCAUCUGCUGAAAUUACCUCCAAAUGGUUGGAGAAGAGAAAGGGAAAUCAAAGAAGACAACCGUUCAAGAUGGCAACAACCAAUCUAGAAUACAAGGAAGCAAAUCCAGAAGUUUUGGAGGAGGAAAUCGAUGAAGAAUUGCUUGAAUUAAUGGAUGAUCCAAGCAAGAAUCAACGACAAAUAUCCAGUAAGGGUUGGAGUCCUUAA